CCUUUGAGGUUAUGUUUAUUGUUUCUGUUGUGAACGACUUUUCCAUGUGUUUCUGACACCAACAAAAGUGCAGAUUUAUUCAAGUGAGGCGAAUGAAAACAAUAUCAGGAUUAACUGUAUUACCUCGAUUAAUACUAUUUGACACAAAUGUGCAAUGGCGACAAACACUGGACAAAGAAAACUGAAAAUUCCAUCAAUACCAGGAACUAAGCCUUCGCUUAAAAAUGCCCAGUUACUCGUAUCAACGGGGAUUCCAUCACUCGACAAUAUUAUCGGGGGAGGUUUACCUAUUGGUUCGAUUCUUCUGAUAGAGGAAGACACAUACGGAAACUAUGCCAAAGUCAUGCUGAAAUAUUUCCUCGCGGAGGGAGCUGUAUCGUCUCAUUCCCUCUUCGUGGCAUCCCAAGACGUAAAACCAGAUCAACUGAUAUCGGAGAUGCCUGCUGUUGUGACAGAGUCACCAGUAGCACCACCAAUCACCUCAGACGAGAGAAUGCAAAUAGCCUGGCGAUAUCAGAACAUGAAAAUAAUGGAUUCAUCACCCAAGAGUGGCCAAACGUUCGGCCAUUUCUACGAUCUUACCAAGAAAAUGGAUAAAAAUGUUAUCGAGAAUAUUGACACAGCUCUCUGGGAUGGGGAGGACAUUGCGUACGAGGCAAGUGGAUUCAUGAAUAAUGCGUACGUUGAUUUACUUAAGACUGUCCAGGAGACGCUGAAAAAGGGAGAAUUCUACAUCACUGCCAGCCCUGAAAAGAGAAAUAUUUUGAGAGUAGGUCUACAUUCGGUGGGGUCAAGGCUCUGGCUGUGUGAUACCGAAGAACUUAUGCACCAGGAUUUUCUUAAAUUUUUCUACUGCUUGAGGGCACUGUUGAGAGGGGCUUUUGCCGUUGCUGUUAUUACUGUACCAGUACAGUGUUUUCAGGGCCAUGACGAUAUUGUGCAACGAAUGGAGCAUCUGGCGGACACUGCGGUAUCCUUGGAAUCGUUCGCGGGUUCACCGAAAGAGACGAAUCCCGUUUUCAGAGACUACCACGGCCUCCUUCAUAUUAAAAAAUUAUCCGCUAUAAACACUCUCGCCGCUCAUUGUCCAGAGUCCUUUGAUCUUGCCUUCAAGUUACGACGAAAAAAAUUUCUCAUUGAGAUUCUCCAUUUACCACCAGAAUUGGGUGACUCGAGUCAACGCGAACAAGAUGACAGCAUUCAAGCAACCACUUGCGGCCAAAUUGGCAAUAAAUUACUGGAUUUUUGAUUCAAUUAAAAUGAAGUUACUGUGACUCUGAUUUGAGACCCACUUAACACCAAGUGCGUGACCCAUCGGCGGGGAACUCAUGCUGAGAGACAGGAAAUAAGCUCAACGCACACUGAAUAAACAGCAGAUAUAAUUAUAUAUAGAUAUAUGUACAUAUGGCCUUAUAAACUCAAGAUGAGUUAUCAAAAGCUCAUAAAAAAAUUAUCUCCACGAAAAUAUAUCAAUUGGGUUUUUUCAUGAUUUUUUUGCGAUCUUCUUCGAGUGCUCCCCAACGACUUAAUGAGAUUGAAUAUUUUUUUUCAAAUGUAGAUAUCAUCGGGCCUUAUCUUUUACCAUCAAUUAAAAUUGAAUUCGUGGAUUAAUAUCUUUUAUUUUUGAAUUUUUUUCACGGAUUGUUUUUUCACGAUGUUUUAUACUAAAAAAUCCAGCAACACCCAAUUGUUAUUCUCAACAUCGGUAAAACUCAUGGACAAAUGUGAAUAAAAGAGAUAUGCACUGGG